GUUUUAUGUGACCUGUUUACCCUUACGUGAUCAUGCUGACAAAUUCAAGAAAUACUAUCGAAUGACUGUUGAAACAUAUGACUACAUACUGUCCCACAUCAAGGGAGAUUUACAGAAAUGGUCCAACUUUAGAACUUGUAUAGAACCUGCCGAAAAGCUAUCGAUUCUCUUGAGGUAUCUAUCAACAGGCAUGUCCUUUGAAGCAUUGAGCGAAACAUUUCGCAUGAGCAACUACACCGUCGGAAAAAUAGUCGAGGAAGUUUGUGAUUGCAUGUGGGAACAGCUUGCCCCAGUCCACUUACCAGUGCCUAAUAAACAAAGAUUUCUUGAAAUUGCAGCAGAAUUUAAGGAGAAAUGGAACUUUCCCAACUGUGUAGGUUGUAUAGACGGAAAACACGUGAGAAUAAAAUCUCCUGGGAAAAGCGGUACAAUGUUUUUGAACUAUAAGAAAUUUUUUUCAGUUAACCUUCAUGCAGUAGCCGACGCCAAGUGUAAAUUCAUAUUCAUAGAUGUUGGAGCGUACGGAAAGCAAAGCGACGGGGGAGUUUUCGAAGCAUCACCAAUAUCCAAGUUUUUUGAAAAUUUCUCAGAACAUUUGCCUGCUCCCUCACCGAUAGAUACCAGCAGUGAAACACUCAUUCCAUAUGUUCUGGUAGGCGACGAUGCCUAUCCAUUAAAAUCAUACAUAAUGAAGCCAUUCGGCCAACGAAAUUUGAGUGAAGAAGAGCGCAUAUUUAAUUAUCGAUUGUCAAGGUGCAGACGUUGUGUCGAGUGUGCAUUUGGCAUUUUAACUUCAAAAUGGAAAUUGCUCAGCAAACCCAUCGAAACAGAAGUAGGAAAGGCUGAGAAAAUCAUCAAAAUGAAUGACACGGUCCUACAUCGACUCUCGACUGGCCCGACGACUCCGACACGGACGAAAAAAACAAACAGGUUUUGGUUCUCGGCCGAUCCGUCUUUAGCAUCGCCCGACGCGUCCGUUUACCGGGACGGCCCGCCGGUGCCAGUGUAG